CUCUCUCAGUCACACAGCAGAGGAGGGGGAGGUAUACACACUGCACACCACACACACUCUCUCACACACACUCUCUCACACACAAGCUGGCUCACGCAGCCACAUUUUCUCAGGCUGCUCCUGCAGACUGACAGCAGAAGACGUAGGAGGAGAGAACAGAAAGAGAGUGAGAAAAGGAAACAAGGGAAAUAUCAACCGAGCCAGAAGAGGAGAGUCAAGCAGCACUUAUCCUUUUUCUUCCUCCACUCAGCAUUAAAUUAAAACACAGGGAAUAUUGAACUCUUUGUUAAUCUGUAACUGAACAGGGGCUGCUCUGCUCUGUUCUGCUAAGAGGGACCUGCUCUGCUGAGGAACCUGCUCUGCUGAGGGACCCGCUCUGCUGAGUAACCUGCUCUGCUGAGGGACCCGCUCUGCUGAGGGACCCGCUCUGCUGAGGAACCUGCUCUGCUGAGGGAUCCGCUCUGCUGAGGAACCUGCUCUGCUGAGGAACCUGCUCAUUCUCCAGGACUAUGGCACCACAUCUGAGACAUGGAUUCUCGGUCUCUCUUUUACAGCGCCGGUGUCUCGUCCUCCAUUCUCUCCUUCUCUCCGUCUAUUUCCUGACUGUUGCAGGGUUCAACCUGGAUACUAGCAUGACUCUGACCAAGGAGGGGGAGACCGGAAGCUUUUUUGGAUUCUCUUUAGCGCUUCACCAGCAACUCACACCAGAACCACACAGUUGGAUCCUGGUGGGGGCGCCGCGGGCCAGAGGACUGGGCAUGAUGCAGAGGAAGCGCCCUGGCGCUCUGUACCGCUGUCCAAUCACAGGCGAGGAGUUUGACUGUGAGCGCGUGGACAUCGAUGGAGACGUAAACCUCGACUGGGAAAGCAAGGACAACCAGUGGCUAGGAGUAACAGUCAAGAGCCAGGGGAUUGGGGGAAAGGUGGUGACGUGUGCCCAUCUGUACGAGCUGCGUCAGCGCGUGGGCCUGCCGUCGGAGACGCGGGACCCCAUCGGGCGUUGCUACGUGCUCAGUGAGGACCUGACCGAGAGGGAUGACCUAGACGGAGGGGAGUGGAAGUUCUGUGAGGGGCGACCCCAGGGACACGAACAGUUUGGCUUCUGUCAGCAGGGUCUGUCUGCCGCCUUCACACCCGACAACCAGUUUAUCAUGUUCGGAGCUCCUGGAACGUACAACUGGAAAGGAGAGAUGCGCGUCCAGCUACUAAACCAGACUUUACUGGAUCUGGGUUUCUAUGACGACGGGCCCUAUGAAGUGGCGGAUGAGAAACAGCUGAAUGCUCAGCUGAUCCCUGUUCCCUACCAUAGUUACCUGGGCUUCUCAGUGGACUCUGCUAAAGGCAUAAUGAGUCGUGGUGAGCUGACCUUCGUGGCGGGGGCUCCGAGAGCCAAUCACACGGGAGCGGUGGUGCUACUGCGUAAAGAUAACGUGUACCGCCUGGUGCCACAGCACAUCCUGUGGGGAGAGGAGCUGGCUUCUUCCUUCGGGUACUCUGUGGCCACGGCUGAUCUCAACAGUGACGGCUGGACAGACCUGAUAGUGGGAGCUCCUAACUACUUUGACCGAAAAGCAGAGAUCGGAGGUGCUGUGUACAUCUUCCUCAACCCAUUCGGUAACUGGGAAUAUGCUCAGCCAAUCAGGCUCAAUGGAACCUAUGACUCCAUGUUUGGAUUGACCGUCAACAACGUUGGAGACUUGGACAGGGACGGAUAUGACGACAUCGCUGUGGGGGCUCCGUUCGAUGGGGAUGGCAAAGUGUUCAUCUACCGAGGCUUGUCCUCAGGCAUCGACACCAAGCCUGCACAGAUCCUGGAUGGAGUGGACGAGGGGGUGAAGAGGUUCGGCUACUCCAUCUCAGGAGGUCUGGACAUCGAUGGGAACCUGUACCCUGACCUGGCAGUAGGCUCUCUCGGUGAUAAGCUAGUUCUGUACAGGUCUCGCCCGGUCAUUCACGUGACCCGGGAUGUAUCCAUCGAACCUCAGCAGUAUAUUGACUUGGAGCAACACAACUGCAAGGGGAGAGAUGGAGUUUGUGUGGAGGUCAAAGCCUGCUUCACCUAUACUGCUUACCCAGAGACCUACUCACCAGACAUCACCCUGGUCCUACUCAUCGAGGCUGACACAGAGCGCAGGAAGCUCGGCCUGCCCCACCGUGUUAGCUUCCUGGGUCGCAGUGCACAGGCGGCAGAGUACACACACACUGACGAGGUGGAGCUGAGAGGUCAACGCCAUCCCGCCUGCCAGAGCGCCACCUUCCAACUAAACGACAAUAUCCGUGAUAAGCUGCGUCCCAUCUCUCUGGCCAUCACCCACACCAUCAGACCCCCCAUGUUCUCCUCAGACACUAACCCAGAGGAACGAGACACGCUACCUCCUGUACUGAGUGUUUCCACCUCCAACACCCUGCACUCUGAGGUGAAUUUCCUGAGGGAAGGCUGUGGCGAUGAUAAGAUUUGUCAGAGCAACCUGAAGUUGACCUACCAGUUUGGAACCCGACCUCCCACCUCUGACCUCUUCACCCCUCUGCCAAGGGAUGAUGAAGAGGUGGCGGUGUUUUCUCUGUCUGACCAGAGGUCUGUGGUGUUGGAGGUGACCGUCACCAACAUGCCCUCAGACCCUCUGUCCCCAGAGGAGGAUGGAGAUGAUGCCCAUGCUGCCCAACUACUGGUGACCCUGCCAGACACCCUGUCCUACUCUGGCUUCAGGGGACAACAGGUGGUGUGCCAGGCCAAUCAGAACGGGUCUCAGGCAGAGUGCGAGCUGGGAAACCCGCUGAAGAGAGAUGCUAUACUGAAAUUCUACAUCAUCCUCAGCACGUCUGCUAUCACCAUAGAGACCACGGAACUCACUGUCAACCUCCUGUUGGCUACCAUCAGUGAACAGCGAGACCUGGCCACAGUCACAGCCGUGGCUAAAAUCAUCAUAGAGCUCCCCCUGGCUGUCAGUGUGCUGGCCAGACCACACCAGCUGUUCUUCAGUGGGGCUGUAAUGGGGGAGAGUGCCAUGGAGACCUUGGACGAUGUGGGGAGUGCUGUGGAGUUUGAGUUUACGGUGACCAACACCGGGCCGUCCCUGCAGACUCUAGGCUCCGCCUUCCUCAACAUCAUGUGGCCUCACGAGCUGUCCAAUGGGAAGUGGCUCCUGUACCCCACUGCUCUCCACUUCCAUGGCCAUCCAGAAACACCCUGUACCCCCCACACCUCCCUCAACCCACGCAAGUUCUCCCACAGUUCUCCUUCUGACGACCAGCCACAGGCAGCAGGCCUGAAGGCCAGGAGGAAGGGGCGUUCCAACCCAGAAGAGGAGGGCCAUGUGAUGACCAAGGGCAGUCUGGGAAGGACUACGCCUGCUGUGGCUGCCUCAGAGAGACGCAAGUCACUCAAACUGGACUGUCUGCUGGGUUCAGCGCGCUGUGUGCUGUUCCAGUGUCCUCUCCACAGCUUCUCUGACUCUGCUGUCCUCAAGAUCCAGGGACGCCUUUGGAACAGCACCUUUCUGGAGGAGUUCCCAUCAGUCAGUGCUCUGGAGCUGCUGGUUAGAGCCAACAUCACAGUCAAGUCCAGCAUCAAACACCUGGUGCUGAGGGAUGCUGCUGCACAGGUCCCAGUGAUGAUUUACCCAGAGGUUGGUCUGACUGCCCAGUACUGGGUCCCCUGGUGGUGGAUUCUCAUAGCCAUCCUGGCUGGUAUCCUGGUGCUGUCUCUGCUGGUCUGCAUCCUCUGGAAGUGUGGUUUCUUCCGUCGGGUCCAGUAUGAAGACAAAGUUCCUCAGUACCAUGCAGUGAAGAUCCCCCGUCAAGACCGGCCCCAGUUCCAGCAGAAGGCAGGGAUCCUCCAGAAGAAGGAGUGGGCCACACACUGGAGUGACGGAAGCUCCUGAACAGCAUCAACAAACAAGGACUAGAAUAGCAGCAAACACCCAUUCAACCCUAUGGCACUCACUAACUCUGCAGUGGAACAAACGUGUGCAGACUGACCGUGUCACAACACUGUUGUGCACAUUGCGGCUAUGUCCCGAUUCAUCACCCGUGUGCACACUUCCCAUCAUGGAUUUAUCAAUGGUGAAAACUCGCUCAAGCCGAUGCUAUUCUACUGUAUUGUACUGUAGUCUACGGUAGUCUACUGUAUUCUACUGUAUUCUACUGUAUUGUACUUUUAGAAUGACUGGAUCAAUAUUCUGAACUGCUACUGCUGACUGACUAUCUGACUGACUAUCUGACUGACUGACUAUCUGACUGACUGACUAUCUGACUGACUGACUGACUAUCUGACUGACUGACUAUCUGACUGACUGACUGACUGAC